AUGAGUCUUGUGGCAUACCGUGAGAAACUUGACCCAAAUUCAAAAUACCGCUUCGUUGAUUUCAUUCGCCAGCUUCUUCUAGCACGAGAGGCAAACCUGCGCAUCCAGCGAGCCGAGCGAAGUUGGUACGGCGGGAUCACCAAGCGCGCCAUCUACGAUAUGGUGGCAGCUGACUUAUUCGCAAGACAUAUGGAGCCCCAAAAUGGCCCUGAGCAAGGCUAUACGCCCUCUCCCAGUUUAGUUAAGCAGCAGCUUGAUGGCGUUAUCAAAUUUGCGGAUGAGAUGCAAUGGCCAUAUGCAGACGAGAUUCAGCAGGCAGCAAGAAUACUCCAAAACACGAAGGUCGAUGAAAUGAACAUUGAUUUGCGUGUCAGUGACUGGAUAUGCGGUUGGGUGCUGCCUGGUGGAACAUUCUCCAUGAUACUUGUUGCGGUGUUAUACAACCUUUCGUCAACGUUACGAGGCCACUUGCCUGUCGGGGCUAUUCAGAUCAAACUAGGCUGCUUUGGCAUAGUUUUUCCAAAUGCCUCCUAUUGGAGUGUUCGUUCAGUAUUGGGCAAGGUUUUGGCACCACUUGCCCUUGAUUCAGAAUCGGGUCUUUCUCAGGUCAGGUGUCUGGGUGGGUGGGUUGGGCCAUGUCUUUCAGUCUCUCUUCCUGAUUGUGCCUUUGGUAGGCUGGUCACGCUGUCAGGACACCCACCUCCUUCCGUGAAUAGCCAAGACAAAGAAACAACAAAGCACAAGAAUAAACAAGAGCAUGGUGCUGCAUGGACUCUGCCAACACCGCCCAAGUUGUCCACCGACGCAGCUGUACUCCAAACUGUUCGCCUCUCAAAGGCACCACCAAGCCCCGAGACAAUGGCAAAAGAUGCAGAAAGCUUCACUGCGCGGCUUGAUUUCCGACUAAGCCGCAGUCAGAUCUUCGCGACAUUCACACUCUAUACAAACAGCGUGUUCAUUGCUGCCCCUCCGUGUCAGGGCACACACAAAGUAGACCUACAUGCCUCGGAGAGAUACACUUUCGCAGUACGAGGGGUAGAGGAGUUGGCACAGGUUUCAAGGAAAGACGGUAGCUUCGCAAAAAUGGCCAUUCUGGUCGUCAAUGCUACAGGUGGCCCAGCCAGCGAGGUAUUUGCACGGGCAUGGUGCUGUCAUACAGGAACCAAUGCAGUGAUAUGGAAGCGUGAGGGAGGAACGUGUUGCUUCAAAUGUGCACUGAUGUUGGCAUCCAAGGAUGGACUGGCUAUGGGGGUGCUGGUUGCGACAUGA